AAACAUCGCGAGCUAGCUUUCUCCCUCUGGCCAUAAAGCUGACCUUCUCCGGUGUUCUGCUAGCAAAAGUGCUGAUAAUCAUCCAGAUUAUUUUAUAGUGUUAUUAGCCACUUUUUCCCCUGUCUCGGGUACCUUUCAUACCGUGGACCUGGGCGCCGCGUUGCAUCAAGCUACGUGAAGAAUACGUAUAUACAUACAUAGUCGUCUCUGCCAAGAAAUACUUACGCAAUCCGUAUCGUUACCCUUGCCCGUGAUAUUUCGUCUAUACGAAGUGUUUCCAAGAUAUCGACACACAGAAAGGGGAAGGUCGGCGGUUGGGCCAAUGAGCAUCUCGAAAUGAUAUCCCCCUAUCGACUCCUUCCCGUGCAUGCAGCACGAGAUAUAAACAUGUUACGUUGCUAUUGACGAUGUUAUAUAUUCCUGUGGACCCGACACCCAAACAUGACAGAGAUCGUCAGGGAAUAACUAGCCUGUAUCUCGGAUAUCAACUGAGCUGGUCGCUAGGCAGUUGAUUUGCACGGAAAUUUCCCCGAAGCGUCGGGUAGCUUGUCAGCUGCGGUAGACUAUCUAUAAUGGCCAGAUUUGUCCUGCCAUUUAUUACUCCGUGGACGACCCGGGUUGUAGGGACUGUAACUUAGAAGCACAUAACAUACUUCUUGUCUAGACCUUCGGUGUUCAGUACAGCCUGGUGCUGUAGCGCCACUCGCACAACAUGGGGAACAUACUUUCCAGCAAACCGGCCAUCAAGUCGCCGUUGACAAUAUCGUCAGACACAGUCGUCCCGCUACACCGGUUCGACGAUACACCGAUCAACAGAAAGGUUAUUGUCGAGUUCACCAUGCGAUUUGAUGACGUGUUGGAUGCCGAUAAGCUACGUCUAUCGCUAGAGAAGCUUCUUAGCCGGAGUGACUGGCGUAAGCUAGGUGCAAGGCUGAGACUCACCGGUGAUGGUAAACUUGAAUAUCACAUUCCAACUUCCUUUAGCGAGAAAAGACCGGCAUUCGCAUAUUCGCACAUAGAACACAAUGUUGAGAUUGCCAGGCACCCAACCGGCUCUCGUCUACCUAGGGCUACCGCGAAACCUGCCGUCCUGAGUGACCCGGAGGAGUUUGCGCCUUUGUUGCGCCGAUGGGGUGCUCCUCGACGACUCGGCGACUACUUGUACACUGACGCACCGCAGCUAAGCUUACACAUUGUGUCCUUUACCGACGCGACGAUCGUCUCGCUAUCGUGGCCACACACGCUACUCGAUGCGAUGGGACGAAGGGAGCUUCUAGAUGCUUGGAUAGCCGUGCUUGAGGGUAGGGAUGACGACGUGAAGCCGCUCUACGGCGUGUUGCAAGACCCGCUCGAAUCGCUAGGAACAGAUCCGCAAGAACCGUACGUUUUGGCUCACCGCCGCCUGGCCCCGAUCCAAGCCUUAAUUUUCGCCAUAUCCUAUAUCUGGACAACCUUAUUUUGGUCGCGCGGCGAGGACACGCGGAUGGUCUGUGUACCAGCUGCCCACGUACAGUCCCUGCAUAAGGAAGCACUCGAUUACCUCGCCUCGCAGACCGACGAGGACGAGAAGGUGAAACCGUUCGUCAGCGAAGGCGACGUGCUUUCGGGCUGGGUCACGCGCCUCGCCCUCCGACACCUCCAGCACACAGAACAGACGGUGUCCAUCAUGAACGCCUUCGGCAUGCGCUCGGUACUCGCUAAGGACCUUCUUCCGCAGACACAUGCUUACGUCGGCAACGCUGUUGCUGGCGUUUGGGCGUUCGUGUCGAUGCGAGACCUAUUCGCAAGGCCCUUGGGCUACGUCGCAGCUGCAGUGCGCCGAUCCAUUGCCGAACAAGGGACACGAGCGCAGGUGGAAGCACGCGCCGCUGUUGACCUUGCGGCCGGGAAGAGGGGCAAAACGGCCUUGUACGGCGACCCCGCGAUGGUGCCCAUGAUGAUUUCCAACUGGAAUAAGGCCAAGUUUUUCGAUACGGACUUCUCGGCCGCGGUAGUGCGUCCCGGCGCGGACCCGGAAAAGCGGGCCAACAAGAUCGGACGUCCGUCGUACAUCCAGCCCAACGGUCUUGUCAACGGCAUGCCCACGCGCAACUCGUUUCCCAUCGUUGGGAAGGAUGCCGCCGGCAAUUACUGGCUUUCCGGCACGCUGCAGAAGGGGCUUUGGAGACAGGUACAGGAGGAGAUGGAUGCCGAAUAUUACUACCUAUCUGGUCAGUUCGUGAAGGCUUAAGGACUUAAAACUACGACGGGUAUGAAUCACGGUUAUUAACGCGAGCUAUCUAGCUGGUGCAGGUUAACCCCGAAGGGAAUUCCUCUUAUGUUUGUAUAUAUGGAUUCAUUGUAUGCUGUUAUUGGUGAUGUUAUCGGGUCAACACUACAAUGCAAAUAAUACUUCUAUUACCGUGCGAUAUAUUCUAAUAUAAAAGAUCAAUAUGGUCUUACAUCACGUCAAAUUCUAGCUAAAGUUUCUGAAUGAAUAUUUUGUCACGUAGGUACUUGUCUUGAAUACUAGGUAGCUUUUACUGCCUAGGUGUACGGAGUUAAAUUUGUCUCGG